GUUUAAUGUUGCUAAUUAGCGUAUCUGAGUGUAGCAUUAUUAAUAUUCAUAACAAAGGCAACUCAAUGGAAAAUAGUUACAAUGCUGACUCUAUAAAGAUUCUUAGAGGUCUUGAUGCCGUAAGAAAACGUCCGGGUAUGUAUAUUGGCGAUACCGAUGAUGGAUCUGGAUUACACCAUAUGGUAUAUGAAGUUCUUGAUAAUGCGAUAGAUGAAUCCCUAGCUGGACAUUGCAACAAAAUUGAAGUUAGUAUUAACAAAGAUGGAUCAAUAUCUAUUACUGAUAAUGGUCGUGGUAUUCCCACUGGUAUUCAUGAAGAAGAAGGUAUAUCAGCGGCAGAAGUUAUAAUGACUCAACUACAUGCGGGUGGAAAAUUUGAUAACAAUACUUACAAAGUUUCUGGUGGCUUACAUGGAGUGGGUAUUUCAGUUGUAAAUGCGCUAUCAAAUUGGCUAGAAUUGACUAUUUGGCGUGAUAAAAAAGAACAUUUCAUUCGCUUUGAAAAUGGUAAUUCCAUUGAACCUUUAAGGGCGCUAAACGAGAACACAAAUAAGAGGGGUACUAAAGUUACAUUUAUGCCAUCAAGCGAGAUUUUUAAUGGCAUUAAUUUUAGUUAUUCAACGCUUGAAAGUCGCAUAAGAGAGUUAGCAUUUUUAAAUUCGAAUAUCGAUAUUACUCUAUAUGAUUUACGCAAUGAACCACCUAUAGAAUCUUAUUUCGAUCAUUCUGACGAAAAUUUCGGUACAGCAAAUUUUGUGCGAUAUUUAGAUAAAAAUAAAACACCAGUAACUAAAGUCGCUAGCAUGCAAGGUAGUGUGGAAGAUCUUGGUAUGAGUUUAGAAGUAUCAAUGGAAUGGAAUGACUCUUAUUAUGAGCACAUGUUAUGCUUCACAAAUAAUAUAAGGCAACGGGAUGGUGGCACACAUUUGGCAGGGUUUAGAUCCGCUUUGACUAGAUGCAUAAAUAAUUAUGCAACUAAUGAAGGUUUUUUAAAGAAAGCUAAGGNUAAGUAGAUAGUGUCCCGCAACCAAAAAGCUGUUAGAAGAAGUGCUUUGGGUUUACAAUGCGAGUAAUAAUGUUGAAUCUUAUGUUAUGCUCCUUAUCAAAGUUGCGAUAGACAUUUGAUAUAAUGUUAAAAAUCUUGAUCUCUCGUAUCUUAUUUUUCACCCUCACCAUUAACGAUAUCAACUUCCGAUUAUGUUCCUUUUGUUCUGAUGUUAGGUGUUAGCGGUUUUUUUUCUAUAUUUUUGUAUAGUAAUUUUUUUUGGCUAAUAAUGACUCCAUUUUCUUCAGUAGUAAGCAGAUAUUUGAGUUGUGCAAGUUAAAUAAAAAUCCCAAAGAUGGAUGUAUUAUGCAUGAAUAUUUCGCCUUCUAGUGUUUUACCAUGCGAUUUUCUUCCGUGCCCUUUCUUUUUUUGCCUCCAUUUUUCCACUACAGCCUCACUUUUUUGCACGAUUUUUUCAAAUUCUUCUAUUUUUUAAACCCUUAAUUGUCUAAAAUACAAUGUUUAUGUUACUUAAAGCAAAUUCAUUAUAAUGAUUGCAAGAAUAACAAAUAUUGUUAACUAGCACUAAUCCUUUUUAAAACUGUGUUA